AACGUCAUUCGGGGAGUGCAGUAUAUGCAACACGAUUCGCAGAAGUGCUAAACUGCUUACAUUGCAGUCUUCGGUGAAGACAGCGGGUCCUACGUGCGCUAUCACAAAUCACAAUAUAUGUAUCCUGUGCUUAGCGGCAUUGUCAAACUGGACAAUGAAGCUUGGAGCACACUGCUCCGAGAACACGUGGCCACUCAUGGCAAAAAGGUUCAUAAAUCCCAGGUGGGUCACUGGUUUAGUCAAGAUAACAGGGAAUCGUUGGUAGAGGAGGGCAUGACGGUCGUAUGGAUGGAGUACAAACUCACCACUGCUACUGGUCUAGCCAACUGCAGGGUCCUAUCUAACACUUUGAAAGGCACUAGCAGGAGCGGUAAACAUUGGUGCAUAGAAAAUCGGAGUAUCUACAAAACACAAAGUUCAAGCUAUUAAAUUGUAGUAGCACCGCCUAGUAGCAUUUAUGCAUCCGUCAUUGAUUACAUGUUCUCAGAAGCUAAAGUGCUUAAAGUGCAGUUUUGUCGCGCAGUAGACUACACACUACACCGGACUAGCAAGCGUCUAGAUUUAAAAAGAACCUUUCAUUCCUAGAAGAUCCCAUAGGUUACAUGUAAUUAUUUUGAUGUAAAUAUAGCUUUAUGACGACCGGCUUGGCCUAGUGGGUAAUGACCCUGCCUACGAAGCUGAUGGUCCCGGGUUGAAAUCCUGGUAAGGGCAUUUAUUCGUGUGAUGAGCAUGGAUAUAUGUUCCCGAGUCAUGGGUGUUUUCUAUGUAUUUAAGUAUUUAUAAAUAUUUAAAUUAUACCCUCAACACAAGCCUUAUUGAGCUUACUGUGGGACUUAGUCAAUUUGUGUAAUAAUGUCCUAUAAUAUUUAUUUAUUUAUACAUAUGUAUUCAAAUUAAGUAUAUUUAUUUUCUUCACAAUAAUAUUAUUUUCUAUAUACAUGCAUAUGACGUAAAUACAUUUAAUAAAUUAUUCAUAGUUAUUUGACCAUUCAUUUGCCAAUAAUUUUUCAUGCAAAACUACAUGUAUUUGCUAGUUACAUGUUAUAUUCCUUGACCGCUUUGCGCGUUCCAAGUACUUAUAUGAUAUGUACCUAUUUUAGUAACUUUGAUGGUUUUACAAUUGAUUUAAAGCUAUACAGUUAUAAAUACAUAGAAGAAAAUUAUCAAUUAUCUAAAUCAAUUGAGUGUACCUUUGCCCUUUUAUACAGAAACAGUCGUGUAACUGUUAAAACAGAUUAUCAAUAAUACAAUACACAAGAUUAAAGAGUUUGGAUUCGCUCCAAUGAGCCUGGCCGAUGGGUUGCACCGGCGGCGAUUUGUCACUGGGUUACUGUCCCGUAUCACAGCUCGUACUAUGCCAUCAAACAGCUCAUAUCUCUAUAUCUAAAUGCAUUUUAUGUUUAAGCAUUAACAAUUUUGAAUUGAAUACUUUAUUUCGUAAAAUUUGAAGAAUUUGUAAGCAAGUUUAUCUUUGUUUCAUUGGCGAAUCGAGUCUCAAGAAUACGAUCGGGUGGUUGACCCUCAUAAUACCUAUCUUUGCUAAUGAAUCGAUUGUGCAAGCGCGGGCGAUAAGCGGCGUAAUAUCUAGCUGUUGAUACGAAAGCACUGCAACGGACUCCACAGGGAAGCCACGAUCUAAUCAUCUGAUGCCUGGGUGGCGAUCCAUCCCUUCCCUAUUGUUCCACUCCACUACAUUUCUCAACUCAUUCACAAAUCCAAAUCGAUUUACAGUGCACCCGCGCCUGGCUUUGCCCAUAUAAGCUUAACAUAUUUUUAUGGUAAUGGAUGGAUCCAUUGCUUUACGAAUAAGUAAUAAUAAAUUCCAAUGCAUUGCUCUAUAGCGGGAUCAGAAAAGUUGCACAAGCAUCAAGUGUCGUGUUGGCGUGGGUGGUUUUAACCAGCUGACCGAUACGUUCGCCAACUUACUAGUAAGACGACUGACCGGUAAUUAUAUCGAAAGUACAUCCCGUUGUCCCAAGUUCCAACCAGACAUUGAUUGUCUUGGAAAUCAGUAGCUUAAACAAUUAGUCAGUGUUUUAUGAACAGUUAAUGCGGAGAGCCGAUUAGCAUAUUGACUUGUAAUGAGUGAAAAGGUGGAGGAAGGUUCCCGACGUGGUCGGACUCCGAGACAUCAUGCAAAUGACGAACACACGACGCGGAGAUUAUUGUACAACGAAACAAUGUAAGGCAUAGCAAGUCAAACUAACGACCUCACGCCACUACAACCUACCAGCACUCUACUUCUGCCACAAUGCUUUAAUACGCGAAUUAGAAACGGCUUUGUUUGUGUUGCAAGACUUUUUUUUUUAAUACCAAAUGCAUCCAGAAUAAUUUAGCGCCAGCGGCAUAAGUGUGUGGUCCCUUAUAAAAAGAAAAUGUGUCGUCUUGCUACUAAAAAGUGAUAGGUGUGCUGUAAUUUAAAUUGAGUGUCCAAUUUCUUCUUAACUGGACAUGUCGACGUGGAGAGUCUGAGAUUUAUUGUUGUUGCGAUGAUGCGCGUGGCUCGCGGCGCGUGCGCCCCGGCCUAAUCGCCCGUGUAUCUGAGACGUGCGCGCCGAUAUAAAACAGCGGUGAAUCAAUCUUUCGACCGCUGCUUGGACGUUAUCGGUGAUCGCCCACACUAGAGGAAGGGUCUUUCGUCAAUCACUCAGCGCACAUCGCUCACCGCUUCCGUAUGUAAUAGUCAAAGCUGAUUGCAUUAUACUAUCGCAUAGCGCUUAUAGCGCUUUGCGAUCCGUAUCUGUGUAUAUCGCAAUAACUCGCGACUUAAUUAGGGAUUAGAUGAAAGCGCUGUCAUCGAUCUUGGCAUUCUCAUUGCCUGCGGCUGCUAUGUUAUAUGUUACUUGCGGUUUAUUGGUUCCUUAAUGAACGCGAGCCUUAAGCGCAACAACGUCUCACCUCUUCCAACUUCUUGAGAACUUACUCCUUUAUUCUCCCAAUGGCAUGCCAACUGUAUUCAUUGUCUGCUUGUGCGAUCUAACUGUAGACCUUCUAUUAUUUUUAUUAUUUUAUUGACGCAUUUAUAUAUUAUAUAUAGUGUCCGUAGGCAGCUGCGAACAUUGUUAUGAUAUUGUAUGCAACAGUCGCCCACUUGCGACUAUUAUAGGCGAUAAUGAUCUUGGAAUCAGCGUAGGUCGUGUUUAUUGAAUAUAAGGCUCAUCCGUCACAAUGUCUAUUCGUCAGUUACAAAAGCUCGGUACAGGUUGCAUAACGAAGUACGUAUUUAUGCAAAGUAUACGAAGCGUGCGUAAGAAACAAGUUGCCAAAUAAAACCUAAACAAUGUCAGCCUUAAUCAAAAGGUUGCGCUGGAGCUGUUGAACUGAUUUGGAAUACACUUCCUAUUCAGAAAUGGUUAUCCUUUUGAAAGAAGAUAACGAGUACAGGUUUUCAUUUAAAUUAUGUUAAAUAUGUACUUACACAUUUGUAUAUUUAUUUAUUUAAUUCAAUUCUUGUAAUUAUAAUUUGUAGGCAAGCCUCUUAAAUCCUAGUGCCUGAUGGAGAUGAAAGUUGAUUUGAUAAUGCAGUUAUCGUAUUUAUUGACUACGUGCGAAGUGCAUGGUGAUGGUGAGGGUGAGGGCGGAGCUGGUGGACAUGAGGGCGGAGCUCGUGCAGGCGCGGGCCGCCUCGUCCGGAUUGGCGGAUGGUGACGACACGGCGGGCAGCGUAUCAGACGCAUCCCGCGCUCGCGCCGAAGCCGCGCAGCUCGCGCGGGAGAACGCCGCGCUCCGGGAGACCGUUCUUGCGUUACAUUCAGAACUCUUCGGCGCCAGACUGGCGACAAAAUACCUGGACAAGGAGUUAGCGGGGCGGAUACAGCAACUGCAGCUACUCGGCAGGGACAUGCGGGCAGAAGUUCGGGACUCGCUUUGGGCUCAGGUAGAGGCGGAGAUCCUGCUGCAGCGGCACAAGACGCUGGUGCGCGUGUGCCGCGGGCUGGCGCCGUGCCCCGCGCGGCCGGCGCGCGCGCGCUCGCCGCGCCCGCCGCGCCCGCGCACCGUGCGCGUGCGCCGCUCGCCGCACCUCGGGCUCGGCAUCUCCGUCACGGGCGGGCGGGAGCACGGUGUUCCUAUCUUGAUCUCAGAGCUGGAGGCGGGCGGGCCGGCCGCGCUCACCGGAGAGCUGUACGUGGGCGACGCCAUCCUGGCCAUCGACGACCGGGACUUGACGCAGGCGUGCCACAAGGAGGCUGUGGCGGCGCUGCAGAGCGUGAAGGGUGACUGCGCGCUGUGCGUGCAGUUCAUCGCGGCCGACGACGACGACCGCCUUUCCGACGAUAACUACCGGUUCCCGCUGUACCCCGAGGACGGGGAGGCGUUCGGCGCGGAGGCCGACGGCUCCGGCGCCACGCCCACCGCGCCGCGGACCCCGGACUAUGACAGGCCUCACUCCGCGGCGGGCUCGACAGACUCGCGCUCGCCGCGGCCGCGCUAUCCCGAGUACAACAACAUCAACAACAACCUGUCCAUACUCGACAUGGACGACGACAGCAUCCGCAUCGAGGCGCGCCCGCGCCGCGGCGGCUACGGCGCGCUGCCGUCCGCGUCGGCCUCGGCCGACUCCACGCCCGUGCACGCGCGCCGCCAGGCCACCAAGAAGAAACGCAAACCGACGGACUGGCGUACUAAAGGAGCGUACCACACGGUGGACGACGCGCAGUCGUCGGACGAGAAGCCGGAGCCCGCGCCCGCGCCGCCCGACGCUAGCAAGCGGGAUGCGAAGCCGUUUCGGAUAGGUUCCGCGCGGCGCGUGGAGGCGCUGGUGAACGGCGCGGGCGCGCGGCCGCGGGCGCUGCCGCCGCUGCCGGGCGCGGGUGCGGGUGCGGGUGCGGGCGCGGGCGCGGGUGUCGGUGCGGGCGCCGGCGCGGGCGCGGGGCUGGCGGGCGACGGCGACCCCGACUUCGGCACGCCCGUCUGAACUGCUCGCCGCCGCACCCGCAUGCUAUAGGAAAUGCUUUCUUUUCACGAUGGUUUCUGGCGGUCCCGCUUAAUGCGCGUUUCCUUGUGGUCUGACAAAUCGACUGCAACGUGCCUGCGUCAAAACUUCAAUAGUUUAGUUGCCGAAAUAUAAUUUGCACCGAUUAGUCGUAAAACUUUAUCUUUACGAAUAAAAGGACGAAAGAGCGAGUAGUCUCGGCAAAGCGAGUGCCAUCCAUAUAGUGCAAAUAACUAUUAGUUAUGAUACUUUGUCUUUCUAGGAUAUAGGAUACGUUAUUAUGUAAAUGAAACUUAAUAUCGACACAGAUUUACUUUGAAAUUAAUAUCUCAGUUUUGUAAUGAAAUAAAAUCCCCUCUUGGUACUAAUAAAAGGAAAUAAAAUUAAUACAUACAAUACUUAUUUAGACCUAAUAUUUAGCCGCGAUCACGCAACAAAAUGAUCUAGAAACCCUAGAUCAUUUUGUUGCGUGGUUCUUUAGAUUAAAUGUCUUAUUUAAUUUAACAGACUAUGAAUUAAAAAGUUGGAAAACUUAAAAAAAAGAAAAAAAAAAAUAAGUGAGAUCUGGAUUGUUUAGCUCAAGUACACUUAAGCAAAACCGGGUGUUAAUAGUUUUGUUACUCUAUUGUAAAAUAUAAGUCUAGCCAUUUCGAGCAAUUACAUACAGACUGUAACAAAAAUAGUUGGGAUCCGUUUAAGGCUUGGAGAAUUUAACAGCUAAAGUCACCUUUAAGAGCUUACCCCUCUGUCGAAAACCAUUUUUUUUUAUUGGAAAACUAAAAAAAAAAAAAAAAAUUGAGAUCUGGAUUGUUUAGCUCAAGUACACUUAAGCAAAACCGGAUGUUAAUGGUUUUGUUACUCUAUUGUUAAAUAUAAGUCCAGCCAUUUCGAGCAAUUACAUACAGGCUGUAACAAAAAUAGUUGGGAUCCGUUUAAGGCUUGGAGAAUUUAACAGCUGAAGUCACCUUUAAGAGCUUACCCCUCUGUCGAAAACCAUUUUUUUUUUUUUUUUUAUACUACGUCGGUGGCAAACAAGCAUACGGCCUGCCUGAUGGUAAGCAGUCUCCGUAGCCUAUGUACACCUGCAACUCCAGAGGAGUUACAUGCGCGUUGCCGACCCUAACCCCACCCCCCCUCGUAGUGUGUUAUUUGGCUGCGGUUUUCUGUAAGGUGGAGGUACUUCCCCAGUUGGGCUCUGCUCUAGAUCUGGAAUGACAUCUGCUGUGCUGUGCCCUACCACACAAGGCGAGAUGACAUUCACAUUGCCCAUACCUCUCUUUUGGACGUAGUUUAAGGACAUACCCGGGUCCGAUCCGAUUGUACGGAUUGACGUUUAUUUAACAUGGCUAUUUUUACGUUGCGCCAUACAUUUGACGUGGCCCUCCCCCGCAAAGAUUGGAAGACUGUUUUGUAUGGCAUAUUGGUAUCAUAGUCUGAUUAGGAAAAAAGUUGAGGAAAAAAAUAUUGAUGCGUAAAACAUUUUUUUCUUGUAUGGGGCAGGUCGUCUAAGUCGGUCAACCCUCCAUACAAAGUACUUUUUUUGCAUAAUAAAAAUAUUUCUUCUACUUUUUCCUACUUAGAGCACGAUACCCAUUAUGCCCUUUAAUGGAUCCCCACUCACCCCACUGUUUUUGUUAUAUCUAGUAUAUUAAGCGGUGCAAAUAAUAUUUCUUCAACUAUAAGUGAUAUUUUGCUUUGAUGGAUCCGAAAAUCGGUGACCUACGUUUACUAUACGCCUGGGGGCCUAGCGUGAAAACCAAAAUUCGCAAAUUGAGGGGAUCCUUCUCGUUUACUCUCACUAAGACGUAAUUAGAGUGACAGAGAAAAAUGUCCGCAAUUGACGAACUUCGAUUUUCGCGGUUAUAGCCCCGAUACGACAUAAAUAACGUUACAAUCGUUAUAAUUACGAAUAACUAGUGAAACACAAUUCUUAUAAUAUAACGAUAAAAAAUGUAAAGAAGGAAAAAGUUUUUUGGUUACCGAACUGUAUUUUUUUUUCUUGUUUUCUUUUCAGGGCUGACAGGUUGGCCCCAACUAUAGUUUAACAAGGCGCAUUAAACGUGACUGUGAAACCACACUGGGCUAUAACCGCGAAAAUCGAAGUUCGUUCAUGGCGGGCAAGUUUUUCUGUCACUCUAAUUACGUGUUAGUGAGAGUAAAAGAGAAAGAUCCCGCAAUUUGCGAAUUGCGGUUUUCGCGGUAGGCCCCCUGAUGCCCUAUUGUUUUCGGUGCUUCGUUUCGUGAUUCUUACAUCUCUUACUUCCCGUUAGCUAGCCAUAGAUCUGUUGAACUUAAGAAAUAGAGUUUUAACUUGUAAAAUAUAGUCUUAGGGGAAGUAAACCCGGUGAUCUUUACGCUAGAGUUAGGUAUAUUUUCAGUUUUAGAAAAUAUUCUAAAACUGAAAAUAUACCUAGCACUGCCGAGUAACGAGGCCGACGGUCGACCAGAAAUACGAAUUCAAAUAAUUAUUAUUAUAUUCUACGUCCAUUCAGAUAACGUUUUAGUGAUAUGUAGAUGACCUGAUCACAAUCGGUGGUGCCAAUUAUCUGUGACAAAAAAAUGCAAAUCAAGCAAUAAUCCACUGCCUAGUAACAAGUGUGUAUCUUUUCAAAGAUAAAUAAUUAGAAACGUAUACGCUAAAUCAAUGAGGGAUUCAUAUUUCUUCGAGAAUAUUAUUUCUAAAAAAAAUACCUGUAACCUACUUAAAUAAAGAAUGAUAUUAUACGAACUUAUCGAUGUAUCGAUCGACCAGUCGGCAAUGUUGCCAGUACACUGCGUACAAAGGGAAUGUACUCACAAUUAUAAGCAACUUGGUCAUAUGGUAACUUUCAUUCAAGUGAGUCACUGCCAUACCAAUAUUUAGAUUUCAGUCUAACCUAUCGUUUUAGAGAAAUGCGCAAUACUUAACUUUCUCAAUAUGCUUCAUUUUAUUAGUAAACUCCAUAAAUACACUUUACAACAACACCCUGUUUUAGCCUAGAUAUCCUAGUAGGAUAGUGAUAUUAAAUUGAGAUCACUUUUAUAUUGGCUCGCCUUAUGAUACGCGCGGUACCAUAUGCAGGGCAUCUUAAGGGCUUAUUACACUUAUCCUGCCGUCGGGCCCUACGUUCGUGGCCGACGUCAGCACCGACGUCGCGCCCAAGCACGAACGUUUUCCGUUUCAGUAAAUAUAUUUAUUUAUAUUUCCUGAAACGCUAAGAACAUCGUUAGCAAUAUUUGACAUAUAAAAAAUACUUUGUCUAGAAUUGCCAAAAAUAUUUCAUGUUUGAUAUUUUUGCAGUUGAACAUUUUUUUUACAUCAAGAAAUAUUGUAAAGCGAUAGGCCAAGAAAAAUUGGCCCGAUAUCGGGGCCGCCGUCGGCACCGACGUCGCGGCCUAUCGUUCACCGUACGAAGGCAGGAUAGGGUAUACCUACUGGGGUUCAUUGCAAGUAAAUGAAAAGCUAGUCUCCUUCUCAAUUCUCAGAGCAUGGUUAUAACUUGCGAUCAACUCUUGUAUUUUAAGACUUGUAAUAUUAGGAUUUUUCGAGUAAAUUAAUUGUAUAAAAUAGUUUUGACGUAUGUUUUGCACAAAGAGUGAAGACUGCUGCGCUGCGCGCGGUCUGAACGCGUUCUAAUUUAUUUGUUUAUAUUAUGACUUUAGUGCCAAUUACAUCCACACUUAAUCAGGCCUGAUAUUUCGGGCCCGAGCAAGAGUAUUUUUCCGUUUCACCAAAUAUCAGCACUCAAUAUAUUUGGCAAAUGUACAAAAAAAUGGUUCAAAUGCAAAAAUAUUAAACAUUGAACGUUUUUGGCGAUUAGACAGUGGCGUAGCAUAGGUCACUCGCACCCGGUGCGGAUCCCAAAUUUGCCGCCCUCUUAUUUUUGUCAUCCAUUAUAAAAAAUUUGGGCAUGGUGUAAAAAGAGUACUUUUAUUAGUUUUAUUGAAUAAUUUAUUGAAUUGAAAAGUGAAAUUAACAUUUUUUGACAUAGAAUAGAAGGUAGAUAGUCACUGAAUCACUAAUACGUUAUGUUAUUACAUUGUCUUCUAUUACUAUGUAAUAAGUGCAAUAUUACUUUUUUUUUUUUUAACUGACACCUCCGCGGCGCCGCCCCCGGCAAAGUGCCGCCCGGUGCGGACCGCACCCUCCGCCCCCCCCAUGCUACGCCACUGCGAUUAGAGACAACGUAUUUUUUACAAUUCUGCUGAUAUUCCGUGAAACGGAAAACGAUUAUCAUUUCGGGCCCGAUAUCGGGAAGUGUGGAUGUAAUUAGCGCUUUAUACAUUUUCUAUGAAAUUGAUCUCUUAUUUUCGGUAUUACGUUUUUAUUUAAGAAUAUUUAUAUAUUUUAUGAGAGUUUAUAUAAGUGUAUAUAGAAUUAGGAAGUAUGUUUCAUUACAAAUUGUACCUAUCCCACAACCCAAAUAAUUUAAGGUCAUUAUUUUACUGUAAGUAUAUAAUUAUUUUUAGUGGUUUUACUAGUUUUGUCUUAGACGCCAUAGCAUUUUUGUAUGGAGAUAAAAGAUUAAGAACAUAUCACGUACUUACCAUUGUUUUAAUUUACAAAAAAACGUAUAAGCCUCAGUGGCACGAUGUCGUUUAACGUUGACAAACUAUUUGUGAUUUUCUAACAGGAGACGGAGAGUCAAACCAAGAUAACUCUGCAGCGAUUCUGAUAGCACAGACGUGCUUUGUGCAAGUGUUAUUUAAACGUCAUAAUUUCAUAACAUUUUGACGUUUAAAAUAACGCAAGUCUGACUCUCUCUAUCUAUAUGUUUCAUCGGCUAUAAACGGCAUCGAGCCAAUCCUUCAGUUGGUGUUAAGAUACAAACUUAAAGGCACUAAAACGAAACAGAUCUACCUGCAAUAAAGAAAUGCCAUUCAUUUAUUUUUUAUCAUAAUAUAUUAUUUCGUGUAAGGUAGACAAUACUGCAGUAGUACAUUCCAUGCGCUCGCCCUGCAUUCCUAUAAGUUCCCGCAAAAGAGGGACUACGCGAACAUCGAUUUAUGAAAAUGUUUUUUCUUUAUCUCUAUCGUGUUUGCUGUAUUUAAGUGACAGAGAUGGCGAUACAUUAAAUUCGAUGUUCAAGUAGGUCCAAGCUCCGGAUAUAAAUGUUUACGGGACAAUAUGCCUAUGUAUGAUUCUGUAUUAAUUUUGUAAUAAAAUUUAAACAAAA